UCACCCCCUUCUUCAACCACUGCGAGGUGAAGCUUUAACUUCAGACUUGGAGGUGGGCUGUGCAGUAAACUGGAAUGCUGUCCCUUGCUCGCUCCUCAGUGGAGGCGUGAUCUGAACAGGACCAGCUCAGCCUGCAGCUGCCGUUGGCUUUGUGUGGACUGGACGCCGAGCUGGGCAGAGGGGGAGGGUUAUUACUCCAAUUCCCAGGCAGUGGAAUUACAGCUAGAGCGGCAGAACAUAUGGGAUUGCUUUUUCUCGCCUUCCCGGAGAUGCUCAGACCCAGUGUAUUUCAAGGAACAGAAACAUAAAGGAAAUCUAGUAUGCUUCCUUUUUUUUUCCCCAUGAAGAAUAUUUGAAUUAAGUUUUUUUUUACCUCUUGAAAGAAUACCUGUUCUUUCAUAACCUGUGACUGCACCAGCUAUUCUGAGAAAGCAGCAAGAAGCAAAAGCUGGAAAUAGCUAUUUCACAGCAGGUAAUCACACCUCAGGAUGUAGCUACUGUACAAAGUUUAUACUUGGAUAAUUCUGGAUGGGAAUAAAGGUGGGGGGUAACUGCCUGAAAACCUAUUACUAUACAGGUCUUAGCAUCAUGAAUGGCUUUCUUCAUGAGGAUCUGAAGUUACUAUCUCUGACCACAUUGCACAGAAGAGCCAAUAAGAAUUUCAAAGAGAGCAGUUUCCACUAAGGGAAUUAAGCUACACAAAAGGAACCUUCACACAGAAACUCUAUAAGAAAGGAAAAAAAAAAAACAUAGGAAACCAUGUGUUCUACAUAGUAACAGGAAAGUGAAUUGUUUCUGGUCCCCACUUUAAUAAGCUUGCCCACCAUGCUGAACCGCAGCUGGAAUGUUCAUUGACAACAGCAAGCCUGAUCUGGAGGUGUGUGCGGCAUAGGAUUACUUGAAUAAACAGUGAAGAAUAUUUCCAAGGACUAAACAAGAGUUUAUAAGUCCCAGCCCCUCACCAGGAAAAUAAUAUAUGCGCAUUGGAUUUUCACUCACGCAAAAUUUACCCACAUCGUUCAAUAAGGGCUCUGAAACUACCUUGUGUAAAGACCUCAACACUGCUGACCAUGAUCAGCCCAGCCUGGAGCAUCUUCCUCAUCGGGGCUAAAAUUGGGCUGUUCCUCCAGGUGGCACCACUAUCAGUUAUGGCUAAAUCCUGUCCAUCUGUGUGCCGCUGUGAUGCCGGUUUCAUUUACUGUAAUGAUCGCUUUCUGACAUCCAUUCCAACAGGAAUACCAGAGGAUGCUACAACUCUCUACCUUCAGAACAACCAAAUAAAUAAUGCUGGGAUUCCUUCAGAUUUGAAAAACUUGCUGAAAGUAGAAAGAAUAUACCUAUAUCACAACAGUUUAGAUGAAUUUCCUACCAACCUACCAAAGUACGUAAAAGAGUUACAUCUGCAAGAAAAUAAUAUAAGGACUAUCACUUAUGAUUCACUUUCAAAAAUCCCCUAUCUGGAAGAAUUACAUUUAGAUGAUAACUCCGUCUCAGCUGUUAGCAUUGAAGAGGGGGCAUUCCGAGACAGUAACUAUCUCCGGCUGCUUUUCCUGUCCCGUAAUCAUCUUAGCACAAUCCCCUGGGGUUUGCCCAGGACUAUAGAAGAACUCCGCUUGGAUGAUAAUCGCAUAUCCACCAUCUCAUCACCAUCUCUUCAAGGUCUCACUAGCCUAAAACGCCUGGUUUUGGAUGGAAACCUGCUGAACAACCACGGUUUAGGUGAUAAAGUUUUCUUCAACCUAGUCAACUUAACGGAACUGUCACUGGUACGGAAUUCCCUGACUGCUGCACCAGUAAACCUCCCAGGCACAAACCUGAGGAAGCUUUAUCUUCAAGAUAACCAUAUCAAUCGGGUGCCCCCAAAUGCUUUUUCUUAUCUAAGGCAGCUGUAUCGACUUGAUAUGUCCAAUAACAACCUAAGUAAUUUACCUCAGGGUAUCUUUGAUGAUUUGGACAACAUAACCCAAUUGAUUCUUCGCAACAAUCCGUGGUAUUGUGGGUGCAAGAUGAAAUGGGUGCGUGACUGGUUACAAUCACUACCUGUGAAGGUCAAUGUGCGUGGACUCAUGUGCCAAGCCCCCGAAAAGGUUCGGGGAAUGGCUAUCAAGGACCUCAAUGUGGAACUGUUUGAUUGUAAGGACAGCGCAGUUGUAAGCACCAUUCAGACAACCACUGCAACACCCAAAACAGUGCAUCCUGCUCAAGGACAGUGGCCAGCUCCAGUGACCAAACAACCAGACAUGAAGAACCCCAAACUCACUAAGGAUCAGCGAACCACGGGGAAUCCAGCAAGAAAAACAAUUAUCAUUACUGUGAAAGCUGUCACCUCUGACACAAUUCAUAUCUCUUGGAAACUUGUCCUACCUAUGACUGCUUUAAGACUCAGCUGGCUCAAACUGGGUCACAGCCCAGCGUUUGGAUCUAUAACGGAAACAAUUGUAACAGGAGAACGCAGUGAAUACUUGGUCACAGCCCUGGAGCCUGAUUCACCCUAUCGAGUCUGCAUGGUUCCCAUGGAAACCAGUAACCUCUACCUAUUUGAUGAAACUCCUGUUUGUAUUGAGACUGAAACCGCACCCCUUCGAAUGUACAACCCUACAACCACCCUUAAUCGAGAGCAAGAGAAAGAACCUUACAAAAACCCCAAUUUACCAUUGGCUGCCAUCAUUGGUGGGGCCGUGGCCCUGGUGACCAUCGCCCUUCUCGCUUUAGUGUGCUGGUAUGUUCAUAGGAAUGGAUCACUCUUCUCAAGGAACUGUGCGUACAGCAAAGGGAAGAGAAGAAAGGAUGACUAUGCGGAAGCUGGCACCAAGAAGGACAACUCCAUCCUGGAAAUCAGGGAGACUUCUUUUCAGAUGUUACCGAUAAGCAAUGAACCCAUGUCAAAGGAGGAAUUUGUAAUACACACCAUAUUUCCUCCUAACGGAAUGAAUCUGUACAAAAACAAUCACAGUGAAAGCAGUAGUAACCGAAGCUACAGAGACAGUGGUAUUCCAGACUCAGAUCACUCACACUCAUGAUGCUGGAGGACUCGCAGCAUACCGUGUUUCGGUUUUUUUAAACCUAAGGGAGGUGAUGGUAGGAACCCUGUUCUACUGUAAAACACUGGAAAAAGAGACUGAGAAAAGCAAUGUACUGUACAUUUGCCAUAUAAUUUAUAUUUAUGAACUUUUUAUUAAAAGUUUCAAAUUUCAGGUUACUGCUGCGAUUGAUGUAGUGGAGAAGCCUGAACACAAUUCUAUAUUUUAGUACUUUUUAGUAAUUUGUACUGUAUUUUCCUUGCAAAUAUUGAAGUUAUAAAUCAUUUACUUUGUGUUCUACUGAGUAAGAUGACUUGUUGACUGUGAAAGUGAAUUUUCUUGCUGUGUUGAACAAUCAGAACUGCGUUCACAUGAGAUCCUUGUAGUAUAAGCACAGGCCAUUUUUCACUUUGGUAUUAAUGUAAAAAAAAAAAACUGGCUGAAUGAGAAAAAUUAAAUUUCAAAAGGUAGUUAUGAAAUAAUGUUCCAAUUAUUAAAUUUGUAUUCCAGUGGUAUUCAAUAAUCAAAAUAUGUGAAGUAAUGGGCAAUAUCAGACUUGCUGCAUAACUCCAUUUUUACCCUAAGCAAAUUAGAUAUCCUUAAGAAAGUAAACAUAUCUUCUGAGCUGAAUCCAUCAGCUGGCAUAAAAGGAGUGUGAAGUCUGCUGUUGUUAAUGCCAUUGUUAACAAAGCUUUGAGAAUAAAGGACUUCACAAAAACAAUACUGUAAGCGUGCUUCCAGGUUAGGGGGAAAUCUGUACUUAGGAAAACAUGAAAACAUAGACUCGCAUAGCGUAAUGAACACAAAUCUCAGAAUUGCAUUCUGGUUUUGCCUAUACCAUCCUGAUUUUUGAAAAGUCAACUCUAAAGACACAAUUGUUCAUGUUUAUGAUGUUUUUAUCAUAAAGGAUGUCAAAAAAAACCUUACACACAUUAAAAAGGUAGCAUAACCGUAAGCAAUUCCCCUCAGCAAUGAAGAGAAAGUAGUACUUUAAAUGAGAAUUUAAAAGAAAAAUGAAUACUAGAAAUUAAACUUAGAUCUGGUUUAUGUGAAACAUUUUAACACUGUACAUAAACGUUCAAUUUACGUUCACAAUGAUCAAGAAUACUGCCCAUUACUGUCACAGUUUUCCAGAUAUUACAUAAUUAACUUGUAAUGUAACAUUUCUUUCCAGCUUCCUACUGAAUUGUGAGCUAUUACUUGUUUAAAAACCUCAUCACUUUUCUGUUGCCAUGAUUUUUUUUUUUCCCAACAAAAAACCAAAGUGCAUUGUACGCCCUUUGGCCAGUCUUGUAUGUGCCUUGAUCCAACGCUACAUGUAUUCAGCUUUUAAAACUCGACAAAUUUUUCAUACUUCCUUAAAUAUGAAAAAUUGUGGUCUUAUUGCUGAAUAAAACAAAAGAAAGGACAAAAUAAUUGUGCUUGCUGUUUCGGGAUUAUGUUACUAUCAGUAAAGUAGCAAACUGCCCAGCACAUUAGUCCUAAGUACCCCCUGUAUUUUUCUAGGCAUAAAAAUAAAUGUUGGCUACAAAUAAAAAAAAUAGCAAUAUCUUGAGCUUGUGUAUUAUUUUACUUAAGGGUUCAGCGUUUCAUGCAUAAACGAAUAUCCUAACAGUCUUUUGGAAUACUCUUACAGAAAACUUCAGAAGUGGUUUUGUGACCUUCCAGUCUUUGUACACCGCUGCUGUUGUCCUGGUUGAUACUUUAAGGUGGUUUUUGAAAAAUUAAUAUUUUUUAAAAUAGCUUUUUGGUAGUACAAGUUGGCAUCAGAGGAUCUGAUAUCCCAGAUUUACCACUUACUAGGUAUGUGAAAACAAACCAUUUACUCUC